CGGCAAUCUCUUUCUCAGUUGCACCCACUAUUGUUCAUUUGCUUCUCCCAAGCAGAAACUGUUUUGUCAUCUUGACUCGCAAGAUGUCGUACGCCCCCAGAAUCCCGAAUGCGCAAUGGGACGCGCACAAAAAGCAAAUCCGCGCCUUGUAUCUGGUCGAAGACAAAACUCUAGACCAGACGAUCGAAAUCAUGAGGGAGCGCUACGGAUUUUCUGCAACCGACAAGCAAUAUGUGCGUAAGCUCAAGGCUUGGGGCAUGAAGAAAAAUGUCAGCAGGCACCAGUGGAAGCAGAGUGUCAGCUUGGUCCAGAAGCGGAAGGCUGAAGGGAAGGAGACGAAGCUGACCAUAGAUGGCAUGGUCAUCUCUGCUAAGAGAAUGAAGAAAGAGAUGGGCAGAUACUCCUAUCCUCAAUAUGGGCCUGGAGGGAUGUCAGGUAAGCUUCCUCUCUAG